AUGAGACAUGCAUUCAUCCGACGCCCAGCUCUCAGCCCGAGCCCCUCCAGAUCGUCUGCUCCCCCUCAAGCGCGCUUACAAUCACGGCGAUAUGAGUCAAAUACACCCACCCAACGACAACCCGAUCAUGCCACGACCCCUAAAAGCGAGUUGCCCGCGCAGUCGCAUAUCAGUAUACCCCCUACGCCGCCGCCCGUUCCCGCUCGGGCUGCGCCUCGAUCGCUACGGCAAAUAAUCCAGGCUGGUCCUUUGGGGAGGAUGGGGCGGUCGUACUCGCGAUUUCAGGAGAAACGGCCGUAUACGACGCAGGUGUGCAGUUCGAUUGUUAUCUAUCUGUGCGGGGAUCUGAGUGCGCAGUUUUUCUUUCCGCCAGAAAAUCCACCGCAGAGAAGAAUGGAGUCUCAGCCGGAAAAGGACGAUAAUGGAGGUGUUGCUGAGAAGAAAGGAGGGUAUGACCCGUGGAGGACAAUGCGCCAUCUAACUGUCGGUAUUGGGUCCAGCAUUCCGUCGUAUAACUGGUUCAUGUUCCUCCACAACAACUUCAACUUCGCCUCUAAACCCCUUUCCAUCCUCACGAAAGUCGUCGUCCAGCAAGCCGUCUUCACUCCCGUCUUCAACACCUACUUCUUCAGCGUACACUCUUUGCUCUCCGGCGCAUCAUUGGAAGAGACAUGGGAACGGCUGAAGGUCGCGCUGCCUCGGAGUAUUGUGAAUAGCGCCAAGUUCUGGCCCAUGGUUACGGCGUUCAGCUUCAUGUAUGUCCCGCCGCAGUUCCGCAACGUGUUCUCAGGUUGCAUUGCGGUCGGGUGGCAGACUUAUUUGAGCUGGUUGAAUCAGAAGGCUGCAAGACAGGUUGAAACUGCGUUGACGGAGCCGGCUCCGUCAGAGGAGCAGGUUGCAGUCGUUAUUAAGGCUUAG